AUGGAUGAUGUCCUCCCAGCUUUUCGUGUUCUGCCUUCAUUUGUGGAACUCGAUCAUGAAUAUCACCACGAAGACGUGCGGGAUCUAGGCGCAAAAGGAUCAGACCUCAGACAGGCGAUCAAAUUUCAACUGCAACGCAAAAUUCUCCCCAGCGAGAUGUCGCGCUUUCGUUUUUAUGCAGAUCGCAUUCGCCAAUUAGACGUCGACUGUGCUACGGCGCUUUCUAUGCCUACGGACAUACUGGACUACAUCGCAAGCCAUAAUGGAGGCUUCCUUUUUUCUAGAUUGUGUGCUCUGUCCUGGACAAAAACACCCGUUGACCAACGAAUCCUCCCCUUUUUAAGCCCUACGCUUCGCAGCCUUGUCUUGAACGUCGCAGAGGACUCCGACUGUGCCUUGGUGGAGAUUCCAGCUCGGUCGCCCCUAUUAAGGGACUUUCAACUCCAUGGAAGGCCGUGCUAUGCACCACUGUUUGUCGCGUCCUUCAAGCAUCUCCGUGUGGCACACAUCCCGCUGGUUCCCGUCGAUCCUUCCUUGCUUCGUGCUCUCGCAUAUCUGACUGAAUUGGUCGAUCUGGAUAUCAUUCUUGGAGACGUUAUGGAGAAAAUACAAAAACCUGAGUCCCUAUAUUCUCUGCGCAAGCUAAAACUUCAAGGAAAUGUCGCGGCCAUGGCUCAUUUAUUGCAGUAUUGCCAUGCACCCUUACUUCAGCAAGUAGAUAACUGGGACGGGUGCAACGGUUUAUUAUCUGAUUGGGCGACUUACUUGGCGAUUGUAUCACGGAGAUACUCCGCAUCCCUAUGUGUUCUGAACCUGCGGAUGCAAGUCAACAUUAAACCCAGACCACUCGUGCGGUUACUCAAAAUUCUUCGCCCUCUUCAAAGCUUGUCCUCGUUGCGGGAAUUUCGGUUUAGCCACAAUUUCCGUGCUAAUCCAAUUGCAGUUCUCGAAGAUCUGGCUCACGCCUGGCCGUUGUUGACUAAAUUCAGCUUCGACCACUUCUUCAUCCGGUAUUCCGCUGAUAUUGACACUCUAUAUAAACUGAUAUCACUGUGGCCACAACUUGAACAUCUAUCCUUGCCACACGUCGAUUUUUCCGCACCAAACCCGACUUUGGUCAAAGUCGCCUCACACCGGCUUCGAUACAUAGACAUUGGUUUUCAGAGAGGGAAUAUUGCUAGGCUCUCUGGUUGGCUUGUCUCAAUGUUCCCAAAUCUAGAUGUGAGCGAAGAUAUGGCGAUAGCACACGGUAUUCGUAGAGACAUGAUGCCGGAGUGCUUCUUGCUUGCAUUGACAAUCUCCAAGCUAAGGUCGGAAGCAAGGCCCCCGAAACCUGCAUUUACUUCCAAGUUGCCCGUGGCGGUGAGCACCGACUAUAUUGAUCAGAUGGCCAACAGUGUUCGAGCAUAUUAA